AUGUCGAACCUCAUCGUAGUUAUUGGCGCGGCCGGUGGCCAGGGAGGAGGUGUCGUCGACGCUUUUCUCAACGAACCAGGCUGGAAAGUCAGAGGCACCACGAGAAACACCUCGAGCGAGAAAGCAAAGGCGCUCGCCGCAAAGGGUGUAGAAGUUGUUUCUGCCAACCUCAAUGACGAAGAGAGUCUCGAGAAAGCCUUCCAUGGGGCUACGGCGAUUUUUGCAUUCACUGACUACUACGACACAUUCUUCGAACUCGGAGAUGACAAGUCCCUGGAGUUGGAGUUCGAACAGGGCAAAAGGAUUGCGCGUGCGGCGGCAAAGACUCAGUCUCUCCAAAGACUAGUGUUCAGCGCUGGGCCUCACACGAGCAAGAUCACCAAUGGGGAGGCAGUCUGCCCUCACCUUGAGGGUAAGGGGCGCAUCGUCACGUAUGUUACGCAAGAGAUGCCAGACCUUUCUGCCAAGACUACAUUCGCCGUCUUCACUGUUUUUGCGAAUAACGCACUGCUCUACGAUAUCUUCAAGCCGAUUUACGUGCCGAGCGCAAAGAAAUACGUCACCUUGUACCCGGUGCCACCCAACACGCCCUACCCAUGUGUUGGAGAUCCCGUCAUCAACGGAGGUAUCUUUGUUCGAAGACUGGUGAAGAACCCGCCGCCUCCAGGAUCCUUUGUUCGAUGCAACGUCGACAAACGAGGGGCAAUUGCGGGGUAG